AGGCCGAGAGCAAGGCCGGCCGGGCCGGGCGGGGCUGAGCACGGCCGAGUGGAGUGAGGAGCCUGGGCUGAGCCCGAGACUGAGGAGGAAGAUGCUGCGGGCUCCCGGAGGAGCAGGGGGGGGCCCCUGCGUGGGCAGGAGCCCCGCCACCGCCGCCGCCCUGCUGUUGCUCACAGCUUUUUUAUUAAGCAGUGCUGAUGACAUAGACUGGACAGUUAACUGGAAGACAAAACAAGCCAACAGUUUUCUUAUCCGCAGAGAAAAGGCUGCUGGGAAGAGUGAUGUGUACACCAUUCUCUCCAAGGGACAGUCUGACCGCAACGUGUACCCAUCUGCUGGAGUCCUCUUUGUUCACGUCUUGGAGCGGGACUACUUCAAAGGGGAGUUUCCCCCAUUUCCAAAACCUGGUGAGAUAAGUAAUGACCCCAUUACAUUUAAUACAAACUUGAUGGGCUACCCAGACCGCCCUGGAUGGCUCCGCUACAUUCAGAGGACACCGUAUAGCGACGGAGUGCUGUACGGUUCACCGACGGCAGAAAAUGUGGGAAAGCCAACUAUCAUUGAGAUAACGGCUUACAACAGGCGCACCUUUGAGACAGCGAGGCACAACUUGUUCAUCAACAUCAUGUCAGCAGAAGAUUUCCCGUUACCCUAUCAAGCAGAAUUCUUCAUAAAAAAUAUGAAUGUGGAAGAGAUGCUGGCAAGUGAGGUUCUGGGUGAUUUUCUCGGGGCAGUAAAGAAUGUCUGGCAGCCAGAACGUCUGAACGCCAUUAACAUCACAUCAGCCCUGGACCGUGGAGGGCGUGUCCCCCUCCCGAUUGAUGAUAUGAAGGAAGGGGUCUAUGUGAUGGUUGGUGCAGAUGUCCCCUUUUCAUCAUGUUUACGGGAGGUGGAGAAUCCGCAGAACCAGCUGCGGUGCAGCCAAGAAAUGGAACCUCUUAUAACAUGUGAUAAAAAAUUUCGCUCUCAGUUUUAUAUUGAUUGGUGCAAAAUCUCUCUGGUUGACAAAACAAAACAAGUGUCCCCCUACCAGGAGGUGGUUUGUGGAGAGGGGAUUCUGCCCGACGGUGGGGAGUACAGGCCCCCUCCAGACUCACUGAAGAGCAGAGACUACUACUCGGACUUCCUCAUCACGCUGGCAGUGCCCUCGGCGGUAGCGCUGGUGCUCUUUCUCGUUCUCGCCUACAUCAUGUGCUGCCGCCGCGAAGGCGUGGAAAAGAGAAACAUGUACACCCCAGACAUCCAACUGGUCCAUCACAGCGCUAUUCAGAAGUCCACAAAGGAGCUGCGCGACAUGUCCAAGAACAGAGAAAUUGCUUGGCCGUUGUCCACACUGCCUGUGUUCCACCCGGUCACUGGGGAGAUCGUCCCCCCACUGCACACGGACAGCUAUGACAACACCAGCAUGCCGCUGAUGCAGGCCCAACCGAACCUCCCACCUCAGACCCAGAUUCCACAGCAGCAAGAGGCCGAUUUUAAUCAGAGAGGGAUGAGAACGUUGCGAAGUCCAAGGCAGGCUUGGCCCCGGGUUGUGUGGACUGCUCCCUGUCAGGUAAAUGGUAUCCCUGAAGAGAGGAAACUGACCGAAGCGAUGGAUUUGUGAUUGGAGAACUUGCGCUGUCUUCCCAUUUGACCUUCUUGUUCAUCCAAAGGAUGCAUGAGCUUUGCUGGUGGAUAGUGUGCAUGCCCACCAUGUCCUGAGAAUAAUGAGCAUUUAACUAAUGGACUGUAUUUUUUUGGUACUUUGGACAUUUUUGACAAUUUGUACGACAUCGAUGACUUUAUAUUUGUUACAUUAAAAGUGAUCUUGA